CCGUGAUCCGAUUCAAUCUCGCGACUUCAAGCUUCCGCAUUGAACGUCGUCGACGACAUCAUCCCUCACCACUUGUUUCUCAUCUACGACAAUAGAUUUGAUCUCUCAUCUAUCACGUUGCAGGCCGAGAUUGUCCGCCAAUUACUAAGCUUAUCUCUCUAAGCCAACUGAGGCCUUUACAAACAAAACAAUCGCCCAUCAUGAAACCCGUUGUUAGUGCUAUGCAGGCUUGGUCUUGCGUAGUCAUCUCGGUCUUUGCGAUCAUCAUUCUCUCUAUCCUUGGCGGCCUUUACCGAAACAAUCACCACGAAUUCGUAGGCGGCACCGACGAUCCCGUUGACGGUAGUGCGGUUGCCGGUACCGUAUUCACUGCCGUAGUCGUAUAUGCGGCCUUUUUGGUGUUCUGCGGCCUCCAAGGCUUGUUACACCUGCGCGAGAACCGACGGGGUGCCAUCGUGCUUUCAUAAACAUCGACUCGGACCAUGCAUUGUACGGUAUUAAGACGCGGGCGUUACGGAUCAUGAUUCACCUCGAGUUUGUUUAGAGAAGAUAUUGGACUGCUGUAUCUGCGGUCGCUGAAGAAUUUUACAUAGGACAACAAUUGUCCGCAGAUUUUUGCUAGUGGCAACCGCCGGAUGUCGUUGGGGUGAGGCUGUGCAUGUACGAAUAAGCGCGGAGGCCGAGUUGGGGACGGACAGCUUCAACCUCACUUGCAUUGGGUGCUUACCCGCCGACCUAUCGUCGCUUAUUCCAGUGCUGGGAGACGGACACAUUUAAUUACCAACCAAAGUCAAUCUGCUAAGCGUUGUCUUGCAGUUUUUGUUACAUGUAUUGUACUAUAGAGCGAGAGACGUUCUAAUAGACUGGCACAGCCUAGUCAGGCCAUAGGUUAAUGACAAAGAGUUAACGGGCUUUCAUUUGAGACCUUAAGGUUACUCGGAUUCGUCAUUUCUACCGGGAUUGCUCAUUUC